AUGAAAGUGUGGCGACUCGUAUCUCGAGUAAUUGCCUGGCAGGUCUUGACAGGAACUGGCUGCGCACAACUCAUCGGCAUACCAACCGUUCCCUAUCACCAAUCCUAUAGCACGCUCCCCUUGCAAAACAUCAAACACAUCGUUAUUGACCGGUGCUACGCAAACUACCGUGAUAAUAACGGCAGCACUCUCAUUCCACCCUCUCUACAAGACUUUGCAACCACCUUUGCCAAAGACUUACACGACACUCUUGGCAUCGACGCAAAAGUAGCUGUGCGCAGCAAACCUAGCCCCAAUAGCAUCUUUCUCACACUCGGCAAGGCCGGUAACUACAUUGAUGCGGCAGGGCGACCUACGUCUGAGGGAUACACCCUGUCUGCUAAUGCACACGGUAUUACUGUCACUGGUGCUUCUCCCCUCGGAGCCUGGUGGGGGACCCGGACUGUCCUUCAGCAAGCACUGCUACACAAUGGUACGAUUCCCAUUGGUAUUGGGACGGAUUCGCCUGGCUGGGGAACGCGCGGGAUGAUGCUCGACUGCGGAAGGCAUUUCUACCCCAAGGACUUUUUAAUCGAAAUGUGCAGCUACAUGUCCUUCUUCAAGCAAAAUACUUUCCAUUUGCAUCUCAGCGAUAACCUCUUUGCGUCAGAUAUAACGCCAAUUAACCUUGGCGAUGUAUACGCUCGUUUUCGCCUCUUCUCAGAUAGUCCCGCAGUCAAGGGGUUAAGCAACUUCGCCAACGAGUCGUAUACUCGGUCUGACUUUGACGAAAUACAAACCAAGUGUGCAGCAAGGGGCGUCACUAUUGUCCCUGAGAUUGAGGCACCAGGGCACGCACUUCCCAUUGUGCAGUGGCGGCCGCAGAUUGGGUUCAAAGGGGAUCUGACACUGUUAAACAUUUCGCACCCCGACACCAUACCCACCAUGAAGACAAUCUGGAAAGAAUUUCUCCCAUGGUUCCACAGCAAAUAUGUUUCCAUCGGGGCAGACGAGUACAGCGGCCCCGAAUACGACUACAAGAUGUUCGUCAAUAAACUGGCGUCUUUUAUAGGGGGUGAAUCAGGCAAGUCGAUCCGGAUAUGGGGCACUUUCCCACCCAAGAAGCAGAACGACAAUGACAUCGAGACGUUUCACAAUGUGACCAUGCAGCACUGGGCGUUUGGUUAUGGGAAUCCAAGGCAGAGUUACAUUGAUAGUAACUACAGUGUGAUUAACUCGGAUGAGAUGUUUUACAUUGUUCUUAAAUACGGGGGUUACGCUCGAACAAUUGAUAUCUCCAGAACUUUUACUGGGAAUCCAAGCAAUAAGGGGAAAUGGGAGCCGAACAUCUUCAGUCUGAAGAGGGCAGCUGAUAAUGUGGCCAGAGAGGAGAAACUGGUCAGGGGAGCGAUUGCGCCCAUGUGGAAUGACCAAGGGCCGAACGCGAGUGUGUAUUCGGAGGCGUACUAUGCGUGGAAGCAAGGGAUUCCGGCGCUGGCAGAUAAGCAGUGGGGUGGGAAUUUGACGAGCGAUCAGUACCCAGACGUAUUUGGGAGGUUAUUGGCCGCUAACAUCCCGGGGGAGAAUCUAGAGAGGAGGAUCAAGUCAAAGGGCAGCGUGAUAUUCAACUACACCGACUUCUCUACUGGCGGUGGGAAAGUCAAAGAUUCUUCGCCAAACGGAUACAACGCUUCCACGGACUGCCGCUCAAGUCGCCAAUCGCUCCAAGUCACGCCGUCAUGCAGUCUAACUAUGCCGCUGUCCUCCAAGGGAAGAAACUACACGCUUAGCAUCUCGCUCAAGUUAAACAAGUUGCCUGAUCCAAACAAUACGACGCUCCUGUCGGGUGAGGAUUCGGCGCUGAUGCUCACUCCUAACAUUACGCUCUUCGCUUCGGGCAAUUACUAUAGAUUGAAUAGGACGGUGGAGUUGGGGAAGUGGCUGGCCUUGAAGGUUGUUGCUCGUGGUGCGCAUACGUAUGCUUCCGUGGCGGGGGAUGGGAAGGAGAACGAGUUUUUGGCGGGUAUUUCGAAUGGAAAGGGGACAGUGUGGAAGGAGAUUGCGAUUGAAGCGCCCAUUAGGAGGGUUGGGGGGUGGGAGGGCGAGUUGAGAGGGUUAGUGUUAAGUGGUGAGGCUUGA